UCUUUUUAAUUAAUUAUCAGAAUAAAUAAAUAUAUAUAUACAUAUAUAUAUGUAUAAGUUGAUGGGUAUUUUGAAUAAGACGGAUUACGUAAGAGGGAAAAAUUGGGCAGGACAAUUGCGGACGGAAAUAUUGGCCGUAUUAAUAUAAAUUUAUUGGUUGUAUUUUAUUUGGGAAAAUAAAAGAGCAAUUUUUCUAUGACAAUGUCGAAUACCGUCAGUACAUCUCGUGAACGAUGGGAUGUUCGUGCUUCAGACAUUGCGAGGCGUACUCACAAUCCUAUCAGGGCUAUUGUAGAAAAUAUUGUGGUCGAGCCAAACCCAAAUAAAAAGCUCAUAGCACUUUCUAUUGGUGAUCCAACGACAUUUGGUAAUUUGAAACCUCCAAAAGAAGUAAUUGAAGCCAUACAACAAAGUGUCGGUUCAUAUGAAUACAAUGGAUAUGCACCGAGUACUGGCCAUCAGAAAGCGCGCGAAGCUGUUGCCGAAUACUGUUCGACUGAAAAUCUCAAAGUGGAUGCUAAAGACGUGAUAUUGUGUAGUGGGUGUUCAUGUGCCUUAGAUUUGUGCAUAACGGUAUUAGCUAAAGAAGGCCAGAAUAUUUUGAUACCCAGACCUGGAUUUUCUCUGUACCGCACUCUCGCAGUAGGACUCGGUGUGACUGUCAGAGCUUACAAUCUUUUGCCGGAUCUAGGUUGGGAAAUAGAUCUCGAUCAUCUCGGAUCGUUGAUCGACGAGAGAACCGCCGCAAUCAUUGUAAAUAAUCCUUCUAAUCCUUGUGGUUCUGUCUACAGUCGUCAUCACCUGUUGGAUAUCAUCGAUGUCGCUGCUAAAUAUCAUGUUCCUGUUAUUGCUGACGAAAUCUACGAGCACAUGGUUUUUCCUGGACGGACAUUUUAUCCACUGGCCUCUCUAUCAACAGAAGUUCCAAUUUUGUCAUGCAGCGGUUUAGCCAAAAGGUUUCUCGUGCCUGGAUGGCGAAUGGGAUGGGUAAUAAUUCACGACCGACAAAAUAUAUUCAAUAAUGAGAUACGCCAGGGUUUGCAAAGUCUAAGCCAAAGAAUAAUUGGUAGCAGUACAAUAAUUCAAGGAGCAUUACCAGGAAUACUUAAAAAUACGCCUCAACGAUUUUUCGACGACGUUACCAAGCUUCUGUAUAAUCACUCGAUAACGACGUUCAAUCUUAUUAAAGAGAUUCCUGGACUGAAGCCAAUUAUGCCUGACGGGGCCAUGUACAUGAUGGUGCAUAUCGAUUUGGAAUCCUUUCCCGAAUUUAAUACCGAAGUUGAUUUCGUCGAGCGGCUUUUGAUGGAAGAGUCUGUUUUCUGUCUACCCGGAGGCUGCUUUGACUUGCCGUCUUACAUAAGACUGGUAAUAACAGUGCCGGUGGAAAUGCAAGAGGAAGCUUGCAAGAGAAUCCGAGACUUUUGUCAUCGGCACCACUGCAAAACGCAAAAUUUAAUAAAAAAUUCUAUUGAAGGCGUUGAGAUACCUUAUUAA